AUGUUAAUAUCUAUCUAUCUAUCUAUCUAUCUAUCUAUCUAUCUAUCUAUCUAUCUAUCUAUCGUAGUUCAUAUCUUUCUGUCAUUUUAUCCUCCUUUAACUCUGUUCAUAUCUAUCUAUCUAUCUAUCUAUCUAUCUAUCUAUCUAUCUCAGAAUGUUAAUAUCUAUCUAGAUAUCUACCAAUCACUUUUUUUAUCUAUCUAUCUUAGAAUGUUAUUUAUCUAUUUAUCUAUCUAUCUCAGAAUGUUAAUAUCUAUCUAUCUAUCUAUCUAUCUAUCUAUCUAUCUAUCUAUCUAUCGUAGUUCAUAUCUUUCUGUCUUUUUAUCCUCCUUUAACUCUGUUCAUAUCUAUCUAUCUAUCUAUCUAUCUAUCUAUCUAUCAUCUAUCUAUCUAUCAUCUAAAUAUCUAUCUAUCUCUAUCUAUUUCAGAAUUUCAUAUGUUUCUGUCUUUUUAUCCUCCUUUAACUCUGUUCAUAUCUAUCUAUCUAUCUAUCUAUCUAUCUAUCUAUCUAUCUAUCUAUCUAUCUAUCUAUCUAUCUAUCUAUCUCAGAAUGUUAAUAUCUAUCUAUCUAGCUAG